AUGCCCGGCCCCCGAAUAGCUGCCCUCAUCACCGUCACAGCCAUCGUCGGCCUCGGCACGCUCUCCUCCGUGGUCAACGACUCCUACCUCGACACAUCCAACCCCCUCCUCACCGCCCUCCCCCAUCCGCUCCACGCGACGCACUACUUCGCAGACAAGAAGAACACUCUCAACGUAUACUUCAUCAAGCGCAUAUGGGGCUGGACGACCGUCGCGUUCCUCUCCCUCUUCUUCACCUCCCCGCCAGGCACGCGGAGGUUGCAGCGGCUCGCGCAAUACGCCGUCGCCACGGCCGUCUGGCUCGUCUUCACGAGCUGGUUCUUCGGCCCCGCUGUGCUGGAACGGCUCAUCGUGAGCACGGGCGGGGAGUGCGUCGUGAGCCUCCCCAACGGUGCGGUCGUCAGCGUCCCGAACGAGUUCUGCUACACCAGGUCGCCGAUCACCACCGGGGCGCUCGCGAGCCUCCUCCCCUCCGUCCUGAUCCUCCCCGAGGAUGAAUUCCACAUACGGCCGAGGUUGCGGAGGGGCCACGACGUCUCGGGGCACAUAUUCCUGCUCACGAUGUCGAUCCUGUUCCUCGUCGACCAGCUCCGCACGUCGUUAGCGUCUUCGUCUCAGGACCGUCAGCGCGUGGGCAAGCGGUGGCCUCCAUAUCACAAGUACGCUGUCACCUUCAACGCCUUCGUGGUCCUCCUAUCCCUGUUCGCGACGUACACGACGAGUGUGUAUUUCCACACGCCCAUUGAGAAGCUGACAGGCUACCUUCUCGGCGUCGCUGGAUUCGCCGUGACGCAAAUCCCUACGCUACGCGCCGAGCCGGAAAUUGUACCGGCGACGCGCCGCAACCUCGCCAGUCCGGCGGGCGGUGCUGCCACCUCAAGACGAGACUGA